AUGAAGAUUCCAAUCAGGGCUAGUGCUGCAAUGGCUCCUAUCACCACGCCAGCGAUGAGACCUGCUGAAGUCUCUGAGUCUGAGUUGGAUGGGGAUAGUGAGGCUGCUCUUCGGGUCGAUGAAGAAGUAAACUCUCCUAUGUUUGUGAUAGUCAUGGAUCCAUUUUCGUCUCCGACUGCACUUGUUGCCGUGACCCUGACUGCAAUACUUGUCGGAUCCACGGGCGUCGGCAAGGCAUUCACUACUCCGCCAGCCACACUUUCAAUCACAGCGGUAGGAACCGUAACGCCCUUGCUUGACAAAAUUGACGACACAUCGCCCACAAUACUCGACAAAAAAUCGCCUAUUUGCCGUUUUCGCCGUGCGUGUUCCUUUUGGACCUUAUCCAGGACUACGCUUCCUGCUGCGCGACACGUGUUGUGGGCAUGUCCUUCUGUUACGGUGCGAUCUGCAUGGUCCCACGGCCCUGGGGCGUAG